GUGCUCCACUCUAGUUGCCACCUCUUCCCGUACCGGUGGUACUCGAUACUGCUUGCCGUGUCCGGAAUCGGACUCAUAGGUCAAUCAUUUUGACUAUACGGAACCAUUUAGCGUCUACUCAUUGGUCACCAUGGACACUUACCGCCGGGACACCUUUGCCGUUAUCAUAGUUUCCUUUUCGUGGAUUCUGUGCGCCUUUUGUUGGAAUUUGCCAUCCGUCACUGCAACACAAUCAACGGACGAACGUUGGGUUCACCGUCGAAUCCAAGAUGACCACGAUUCUUCCUGUCCCGGGGACAGUAUUUGGCAUUGCGACAAUCCUGACCUUGUGCGUAGUGACGACCCGACCGUCGGUUGCGACAAGGAAACCUGCGAAUGGUACAUUGAUUGGCUUGAUCCUGAUAACAAGCCUUUGGUGUGUCAAGGCAUUGUCAUUCUGCUUUCUUCGAUUGCUUUCCUUCCCAACGAAUUGGAACCUUGUCUUCUCUGGGAGUUAGAGCACGGUCAUUCUGGACUAACUACAGCUCGGGCUCUCGAGGCUUUUACUGACGACUUCCUGACUCCUUUCGCGAGUCCGCAUACGACGACGACACCGACUGCUCUUGCGUCGACGAUUUCUCCCUUACCGACUCCGUUUGAGUCGUCUGCUUCUUCCUUGGAACCGGCGACAGAAGAUCCAAUAACCAGUAACAGUGUCGAAUUUGAUACGGUCCUCGUAUCUUACUUUGUACUACCCGGCGCUCUACGACGUCAAAGGCGUCUGGUAGCUCAAUUCGACCUGGUCGCACUGCAAGAGACGACGUCCGUUCACAUUCAGCGCGAGCUGGAUGCUCUUUACGGACAGGAUGGCUUUGUCGAGCAGGUUGAUGUUCUUCUUGUGUUGGCAGACUCCACUCAGCUCGAUGAUGGCGCAAUCGUAGAAACAUACGCAAUCAAUGGCGUUGUAACCGUCGCUGAUGUUGAUCUGAUUCAAGCAAAUUCCGUCUCGCGGCUGAUACGCAAGAGCUUCGAUGACGAACCGCUGCAACGUUACUUGGGGCUUUUGAAGGCUUCGGAUGACCCGGUCCUACAGCAGACUUACCAGCUUUACGUUGGGCUGCCAUCCGAUCUGAACUUGGAAGGGGCAAACCCUACUUCUGGAAACGAUCAGGAUGCUUCCAACGAAUCAGAAAAGGACAAGCUUCUUGAUUUUGAAUGGAGCGCGCUGUGGAUUGCUGUAUUCGCCGGUGCGGGGUUCGGCAUUAUUUUAUUGUCCGCCAUUCUCAUUUACCUUUGCUGCUGCCGAAAUACCACAUCCCGCUUGCAACAUUCCAAGUCUGGUGGAACAGUACCCAGCUCUCGAAACGACGUUGAUCCUACGGACCCAACCGGGUACGAUAAUUCCAGUUUUACAGAUCGAGGCGUUCCGCAAGAUACCUCCGAUGAUUGCGCGGGAAGCGAAACGACGUCGGUCUACUCAUACGUCGAUAGCGGUACAGUUAUUGAUUCAAUCGUCGACGAUCAGAACUAUUCAAUCGCACCUUCGUAUAUGCAUGGAAUUCACACCUCACUCAAAGACAACCAACGUUUUAAGAAUGCGUAUGAGGACGAUGAUGAUGAGGAUAUAGAAACUGUUCAAUCUCGCCACGGCAUGUGGAGUGUUAUAGAUGGGAUUGAAGAUGGAAACAUGAUCGAUGCGAACAUCGUUAACGAGAAUACACCAAGUGUAUCGAGCACUUCAUCACCCUCUCGCAUGGUGGUCACCACCGAGCGUUCCAAAAAAGCCAACGGUGAGUUCCUCAUUUUUUCAGACGAAGACGAAGACGACCUUUCUCUUGUAAGCGAGCACUACAAGCUGCAGAUAGCGCAAACUAGGUCCGUUUGCUCUGCGAAAAGCUCAUUGGGUUUGGGAGGCGAAAGCAAAAUUGGAGAGUCAUGGCCUGAUGAUGAAGAAGAAAGUGAAAUGUCGGGGAGGAGGUUACCGUUUACAAACUCCGAUUCGCCAUCACAAAAAAGUUUGGUUUCUUCCCCGGGCUCCAAGCUCACAUUGUCUGCAGCUUCGGUCUCCAAGGAACAGAGAUCAUGGAAGACGACAUUGACGCCAGAGUCACAUGUAUCCACAGCUGCGUCCAGUAGUGAUGACGACAGCAGUAUAUUUCUUGGUGCAGAUUCGUCCCUGGCGAACCGGUUGACCAACGACAAGUCUAUUCUACAGCUCCGACCGGAACAUAGUGUUCGUUCUGUACGAGAUGGACCUAUUGGACAUCGUACCCAAGGCUUAUCCAAUGGCACAAUUCUUUCACCAAAAGAAAAAGCACAGCUUGGAUGGAACGCCAGUCGAUCUCUUCCAGAUGAUGGCAAUAGUGACAGCGACAGCGACAUUGAGUCUGUUCUCAUUCCGGAAAACUACAAGAUGAAUCCAGAACCAAUUGCGGGACCUAAUGAUUAUCCAUUGGAAUCUAUGGCAUCUUUUUGAAUGAGAAUUGAUACUUUUAAUGUAAUAAAAUCAGAUUAAUUAAU